AUGACAACAAAAUAUACCAUUCCAACGGUUGAAUCAAUACUCGAAGACUCCGAGGAUGAAUCGCGGGAAGAAUUGAGAACCAGCGGAGAUUCUGCGGACGAGAAAUACCGAAAAUCGCGGCCGAUGCACGAUACAGUCAUGAAAGCCAACGUGGGGAGGGAAAGGGAGCGAGAUCGGGAGAGAGAUAGACCCAGGAGGCACAGAUCCAGCAAACAUACAUCCAAGGGCAAGUCGAAGAAUGGCACGUCAAGGAGGGCUAGCGGGAUAACAAGAGAAGAAUAUGAAGAGUCACGGCUGCGGCACAGACAUGGACACUCAAAUAGAAGCUCCAGUUCGGCAUCUUCAUCUGACGAAGAGGAGCAAGAGGAUCAUAGAGCAAUAUUGGCAGCCAGGUCUCGAUUGACCUCUCCAUCAAUGGUGUCAACCUUCACCACACAGACGACUGCGACGAAUAAGUCGAGCAGCUCCAGUGGAAGUAACUCGACUGUAACACAAGCGUCAAUUACCAAGCGAUCAAGCCUUGGUAAGAAGCCUGAGGUGGAGGAAGCUGGAGAACCUCCAAUGUCACCAGCAGUGCCCGAUCCACCAAGUGUUUUCCAAUUCUUGGACAAUAAUGGGCCACCAGAGCCCGAACAUCAAGAGGAAGAGGAUGACCACGAAGUAGAGGGGCAUGAAGUAGAGGAAGAAAAGGGCGAGGAGAGCGAGGAAAGUGACGAGGACCGCACACCUCACUGGUCACCAAAGCGCAUUCAGAGUGCAUAUGUUGAACCUCCUUCAAAACGUCUCAACCACAACGCAAGUGUCUCAUCAUCUGCAUCGAGCAGUUUUCACGGUGACGACAACGCUUCUGAACCGGCUGUCGAUGUGGAUACGGACCGAAGCAGUAGUCCGGAGCGAUCUGUUGAUGGACAUGAUGGGGUACCAGAACCGCAUCCAACAGACCAAGCAUCGGCUAAGAUCGCAUCCCAGAUGGCUGCUGCUCAAGAACGGCAGAAUGUACAUGUGUCGAUGCAACAGUUUGGAACGCCAGAUAUGCCCCGAGGUAAUACUCAAUUACCUCAUAUCCCUUCCUCCGCAUUGAGUUCUCGGUAUCAAUAUCACAUGCAACAGCGGCCACUACCACGAGCUGAGAAGUUACCAGUGACUGGUUAUGAGCUUCUUGCGUCGAGGCUAUCUGCAUUUCCUGGCAGUGAUAAUGAAAACGGAGGACGAAUCAAGCCAAUGUACAGGAAAUUCGAGGCAUUGAAUCAUCGACUCCUGCUACACCUCCAAGACGAAUUGAGUGAAUUGGAAGAACAACUUCACCGUCUUGAUCAUGCAGAUACGCAAUCUCGACGGCUAGAUCACCAUGGAUAUAUCAUUCCAGCAUCAAGGCGACUAGCCGCGCAAGCUGGCGGGGAACUACAGUGGCACAAAACAGAUGUCCUUGGCAAGAUUGGGUACAAGUUGAAUCAAUACAACCAAGCUCUCUCCUCAUUCAACAGCACCCAGUCACUUAAUCACCCGGACGCAGAAGACAUUGAACACUAUCGCGCAUACCUACAAACCGAACAGCCCAUCGCAGAAGCUGAGACGCACUUCCUUGACCCAACUGACGAUCUGGUUUCAAUAUACUCCGAAAACCUCGCACGCCCCUCAUUCCUGCGCUCCUCACACGCGCCAUCCUCAACGGUAUCUUCAUCGGAAAUUGCAUCCCAAGUCUCAUCGUCAAUUGCGCCUCCACCAUCUCCCCCGCUUCAUACAUCACAACCCGAACUCCAACCUAUCCUCCCAGGUCUUGCGACAGCAAUCGCGAUCGCAAUUCUCGUCCCUAUCCUUACCUUCUCCGUCAUUCCAGGAUUCAUGGGCAGGCUUACAGUGGCGAUGCUAGUCGCAGUGUUCAUGGUAGGAGGGCUAGUCCAGAGUGGCAUCGUGCAGAGAAAUAUGUUACUAGGGAGAGAGAGUUUGACAUGUGCUGGUAUCUAUGUUGGUGUCAUGACUGUGAUUGCUGGUAUUGUGGCCUGA